UCUUUCCUUUGGCAGGGAUGACGGCCUGUGGCGUCCAGAUGCUGUUCUGCCUCAUAGCACUCACUGCCCUUCCAUCGGAUUGGCUUUUGCCUGUGGUCAUUGCCCAAGACGACCCUCCAGAUCCAACAGACUGCCGGGAGGAGCAGUUCCCCUGCACGCGGCUGUACUCGGUCCACAAGCCUGUCAAGCAGUGCAUCAGUUACCUGUGUGUUACCAGUGUCCGGAGGACGUACAUGAUAAACAAGGAGAUCUGCUCUCGUAUUGUCUGCAAAGAGGAUGAAGUUAUGCAGGAGGAGAUCUGCCGCCAAAUGGCCGGUCUGCCCCCACGCCGCCUCCGCCGCUCCAACCAGCCUCGAGGACCGCUCUGCCGACAACGGGGGACUCAGGACCAGCAUCAGAAUGGGAUCGAGGCUCAGUGAGCCACAGAUUGGGAGGAGGACGCAGGAGAGAGCUGACACCUGUCUUUGCCCGAAGAGCUCACGAGUGACAACAGAGUCACCUGCACCCUUUCCUCAUGGCUUCCUGCCCUGGGCAGGGAACAUCCAGGCCUGUCUGUUCCUUGCAAGGCCAACCCUUUGCCCCAGAUGUGGGGUUGCCAACUCUGGGCUGGAGGAUUCCUGGAGCUGCUGAGGUGGAGCCUGGGGAGGGUGGGGACCUCAGCAGGGGAUGACACCAGAGGCCCCGUUCUCCAAAGCAGCCAUUCUUCCUGGAGAUAUCGCUCCAGGAUAUCUCCAGGCACUGCCUGAAGGCUGAAUAAUCCAAUGAGAAACACGGAUAGAAGUCAGAGAAACAAAGCAAGCCUCUAUGCAGCCUGGGCCUCAAAAACAGAGAAAUUAGACAACACUUAAAGUGAAAUAAUAACACCUCAGAUAUAUUUCAUUGUCAAAACAAUUAGAAUUUUAUAUCAAUAUCCAGGGCAUUUUUUUGUAGCAGGAGCUCCUUUGCGUAUUAGGCCACACGCUCCUGAUGUAGCCAGUCUUCCUGGAGCUUCCAGAAGACCCUGUAAGAAGAGCCCUGUAAGCUCUGAGAGGGUUGGCUACAUCAGGGGGUGUGUCCUAAUAUGCAAAGGAGUUCCUGCUACAAAAAAGCCCUGCAAUAUCCAUGUAUAUAGAACAAAUCACAAACAUAAA